AUGACAUUCAAGACUAGUGCAACUAUUACCCAAUUUGGAGGGAAAUUAUUGAAAUUAUCCCAUGAUUCAACCACAACACACACUCCAAUGGAUGUGAAUGUAUUCAUCCCAUCUUCUGGAGAUAAGAUCCCAGUAUUGGUUUAUCUUUCAGGAUUGACAUGUACCCCUAACAAUGCCACUGAAAAGUCCUUCUUCCAAUACUUUGCAAGUAAAUAUGGCUUUGCCUUAGUGUUCCCUGAUACUUCACCUCGUGGUGCCAACAUUGCCGGUGAAGACGACUCAUAUGACUUUGGUAGUGGUGCUGGUUUUUACGUUGAUGCUACACAAGAUCCAUGGAAUCGUAAUUACAACAUGUACUCAUAUGUCCAUAAGGAACUUUUAACUGAGUUGGCUAAAGAAUUUAAACAAUUGGAUUUUACUAAUAUUGGGAUAACUGGUCAUUCAAUGGGUGGAAUGGGUGCUCUUACUGGAUUCUUGUCUCAACCAGGGAAAUAUAAAUCAGUGAGUGCAUUUGCCCCAAUUUCAAAUCCUUCGGUUGUUCCAUGGGGUGAAAAGAAUUUUGGAAACUACUUGGGAGCUAAUAAGGAUGACUGGUACAAGUAUGACCCAACUCAUUUGAUCAAGAAGUAUACUCAUGAAAACCAACCUUCAAUUUUGAUUCAUCAGGGGCUCAGUGAUGACUUUUAUGAAGGUCAGUUGAAACCAGAAAACUUUGUUGCUGCUUCCAAGGAAGUUGGAUAUAAAGGUGGUGUUGAUUUGAAUUUGGUGGAAGGGUAUGAUCAUCUGUACUUUUUCAUUUCUUCCUUUGUUGAAGAACAUGCUAAACACCAUGCCAAAUAUUUGGGUUUAACUAAAUGA